UCAAUUCGCCAAGAUCGAUGCCAACGCGUGUGUUAAAGAGUGUUUGAUACAGCACGAGUGCUUAUUUUUUGCAUUUGGAACGGUGUCUCGCCCAUAUCCAUCCGAUUGCGUGGAACUGUCAACUUGAAGAAAAGCAAGAAUCGACCACAUAAAUAUUAACUGGGAAAUUAAUAUACGACCUUGAACGUCGUGCGAGUUUGUGAUAUUUGUCACAUAAAUCAGUGCCGAUAUCAUCCCUCGUGCUCGGAAACAUCUGAUACAGUCGCUGCAGCCCAGAGGCGCGCGAGCUAUACACAUAUUUAUUUAUCAUAUGGACACAACUCGCCCAGGCAAUCUGACAAAGCCCAGCCGUACACGAUUCGCAGAGUGAGGAUCGCUGCUGCUGUCGGCAUGAGGAAAAGGAGGAUGGAAAAAUAGAUUAACUGAAAAACUUCGUGACAAUCGCUGCCAAGAGGAAUAAUGGGGAUGGCCGAGGAAUUUCUGUUUUCUGCGCUCGGGAUCGAGCCAAGCCCGUCGUUUUCCGAGCGACACGACUUGUCGCCCGUCAACUCGUCGAGCUUCUUCUCCGACUACGAAUCGACUCCCUGCACGACGCCCUCGAGCGAAAAUUCCGAAUUUCUCGAGCACUUGAGGGACAGCCUGAGCAUCGAUGCGGCACAGUCGCGAGACUUUUACACCGACUCCGUGUGUUCGCCCGAGGUGACCUGGAACGAUUUGACGGCGAAUAAUUCGCCGAUCGCUGAUCUCGACGAUUUGGUUUCUGACUUGGAAUGGUGCAUGGACAAAGAGUGGAACGCGGGACUACCCAUGAGGACUCCCCUCUGCACAGCGGGUUGCGAGGACUUUUUACAUUUGCCCGCGUUGGAGAGCUCGCAACAACUGACACAACAGCAGCAGACGCCCCAGGCGUAUUUCGUGCAAGAGGAGCCGCUGCUAAUUUUAGACGUCGAUCUUUGCAGAUCCUUCGACGACAAUCCACUUAGUAAUAAUAAUAUUUUAGACUUUAACAAUAAUCGAUCGAAGGACGAGACAUCGAUGGGAUCGAGCGACACGGCAUUGGCCACUCACAACUACGCGGACCGCGGCCCGGUUGUCGCGCAGACGAUCGUCGGUGGUGACGAGCGCUGCUUUCCCUGCUCCUAUCAAGGCUGUGCCAAGGUUUACGCAAAAGCGUCGCAUCUGAAAGCUCAUCUGCGGCGCCACACCGGGGAAAAGCCGUUCGCCUGCACCUGGUCCGGCUGCGGCUGGCGCUUCAGCCGGUCCGACGAGUUGGCGCGGCAUCGACGCUCGCACUCCGGCAUCAAGCCCUACCCGUGCGAGCUGUGCAGCAAGCGUUUCGCGCGCAGCGAUCACCUGGCCAAGCAUCGCAAGGUGCAUCGGAAAAAUUCGCUCAACUUGUUGUUCUCGCGCGCCAGAGGACGCGACGCCGACAAGGAAGAGCUGGAUUUUAUCGAAGGCCGCGCGUCCAAUUGUCGAUACGACAAAGCUUAGUCGUGUACACUUUAGUUUUAAUAACAAUAAGUUUUCGCCGAUCUGAUAAAUGUAACUUAUGAUAAGAUAUCUUGUAAAAUUAUACACUUUCAAUGUUAUUUAGAUAAGUUCGAUGGAUAAUCUUGCUGUUUUAUUCGGUCACCGAUCAAUAGAUGUAUUCUUUACCUUUUUUAAUUUUUAAAAUUAUAUUUAAUAAUUACGAGUUUAAAUUAAACUUUUGUUGUCAUUGGACAUUUAAUGAUUGUAUAGCUUCAAUGAAAUUGCAAUAAGAUGUAAUUUUUAGUUACUUUAAAUUUGAGUUUUUUACUACCAAUCUUUAAUGUCUAUGUUAAACUUAUAUUAAUAAAAAACGA